UUUUUGGAUCGCUCGGUGGGCUUCACUGAUAUGGUGCAGCUUCGACAUUUAUAGAGUGAUUUUGGCCACAAAAGCUUCAGUAAUUCUCUCUUUUUUUCUUUCUUUCAAUUGUUUAAGUCGUGUACAAUAUGUACACGCACUGUACUGACAGGGGAGCGUUUGAAGUUUUUUAAUAGUAGAUGGUUUCGUUAUACUUUUAGUACUCCUCUGAUUUGAAGAGUUGACAACUUUUUGCCUUCUUAGUUUUUAAGUAAUACCCCAUCUCUUUACUUCCAAAAGAGGAAGAAUUGCAUCGCAAGAAAACGAGUUUAAAUCAAAGAGUUUAUUCAAAACUGCUAAUCAUUUUUACAUCCGAAAUCUAAUUACCAUUAAUUCUUCAAGGUAUUUGCCUAUUUAAGUUUUUGCAUUGACUUUAGCUGCUCCUCCUGUGCCUUUUUUUUUGUUCUUACUACAUUUUGAUGUCAUCUGUGGUCAAUUACUAAACAGACACAAAGCAAAAUGGAAUCUAUUUGUUCAAUCUUUACCGACAUCGGAAGUUAUUUGCAGGAAUAUGACAUCCAGAGGGCAAAGUGAGACUCAGAAAUUAAAGCAAAAUCUAGGAGAACAGCUUGAUCGCCUUGUGGCUCAGCUGUCUGAUUUGGAAGAAUGCAAGUAAGUUGUUUGUUUAUUUAUCACCUUUUUUAGUUGGUUCAAAUAGGAUGUUCAAAAUUUUUAUCUUAAGCAAGUGUCAGUUGUCAGUGAUCUAUUAGAACUGAUUAUUGAUGAACUGAUUGACUGAGUGACCAACAGACUGGCUGGUUGGCAGGACGAUUGACAAACAGAUUGACUGAAUGACUGACUCACUGACUGCAAAGGUAUGCAAGAAUCCCAGUUUUAAAUCAUCUGCUGCAUAGAAUGUCAAAUUUUGUGACCUAGUGAUCCUUUCUUUUUUUUUUGAAGGGAAGACUUGGAUGAGGAUGAAUAUGAAGAAACUAAGAAAGAAACAGUGGAACAAUUAAAAGAAUUCAAAGAAACCUUGGAAAAAUUUGCAGCUGGAAAUGUGACAUUAGUCGAUGAAAUAAGCAGUAUGCAAUUGGUAAAUUUUUUAUAUAGAUCUUUCAAUUCUCACCUGUUUUAUGUUGUAUAUUAUGUCUAGAGAUUGAAAAACAAAUCUGAAUAACUUAUGACAAAUUUUACAUUCAACUUACAGGCAAUUCAGGCAGCUAUUAGUGAGGCUUUCAAGACACCAGAAGUCAUUCGUUUGUUUGCAAAGAAACAACCUGGCCAACUAAGACAGAGACUCUCAGAGGUGAGAACAGAAUGGUUUGAUCAUGAAAUACAAUGAAAUCUUAAUUUAUAAAAUGGUUUAGUGCUAUCACUGUGCUAUGAUCUGGGACAUUACACAAAUGAUCACUUGAGAGUGAUGUUCACGCACUUCCUGUACAUUAGACUCCUUACUAAAGAUUCAGUAGAGUGGAUGUAAGUGUACUAUAAGUUACAAACCAAUAUUUUCCUUCCUACAUUUAUGGCCUAAGUGCAAAGCACACAGGCCAUAAAUCCAAGAGGAAAAUACAAGGUUCCUUUAUUUACAAUAUGGACAAGAAAAAGAGGCGAGCAAGGUAUCAGCUAUAUCUCUGUGUUCAGAUACAUGGGAGGAAAUCAAUUCAAACAAACUUUUGAAUUUUAGCUGGUUUUAAUAAAGGAACUCAAAAUAAAACCUGGCCAAACACCCAAUAUGCAGCUACUAAAUGAGCAACAGGGAAAUUAUCCAAGUUAUAGUAACCAUGUUCAAUAUCAGUAUAGCCCUCCCUAUUCAAAAUCAACUGAUUUAUAAAACAAAAUACAAGCAAUUUAAAAAGCUGAUUGGGUCAAGAAAAGCCUAAUGAAUUUACUAAAACUGACAAGACAAUGACACAAUACAAUGCCAAGAAUGGAUUAGUGAAAUAACUAAAAAUAAGGAUCAAAUAAACUGUGUAGUCAAAAAGCAAAAAAAUUAAAUCAUGAUAACAUAGGCAAUGACAAUUAUUUGCACUAUAAUAAUGAAUUAGACAAAAAACAACCUGAAAAAGUCAAAUCUUGUGGCCAGACUCUGGCUCAGGCCCAAGUUGCUGAAGGUCAGAUAACGCCAUCUAGUAAAUGAAUCUCAAUCCGGUGGACAAUGCUAUACAUUUUGCCAUCACUUAUUUGGUGGAUAGCCAUUUAUCUGUUGGAUAACAUUAGCUGUCUUUUAUACAACUGGGCCCUGGUCUCUAAACAAAACAGGUCCUUUUCAGGUCUACACUCAUGCGUAUGACAAUCGGUAAGCAUGAUGUUCCUUCUUUCAGAUGCAAAGAGAUCUCAAAACUGGACACCUCAGUCAAGCAGCAUACACACAACAAGCUGUAGAGAUUUUAACAGCUCUGAAAAAGCUUGGAGAGCAGGUAUGAGCAUUGAUAGUAAAUUAAUUUCACCUUCUCACUCCCAAGACCUUGACAGCAAUCCUUCUCACUGUCUGCAAUACUUUUCUGUAAAUGUUAGUUCUGAGAACUUGGUGGUCAAUUAAAUGUUAUCCCCUCGUUAAUCAUUUUCUUUAUCCUCAUGACCUGUCCACUUGAUAUUGUGCUAAUAUUGUUUGGAGAAAUUUCUCCUUGGUCAAAAGGAGUUAAUGGAUUAAGCUUGAGUUGAAAAUGAGUAUACUUUACUCCCUUGACUAAGUGCCCAAGCUUUGAUAAGUGCUCUCUUUCCCCCCCCCUCAAAUGAGCACCCUCCCUCCCCCUCCUAACUGAGCACUCCCCCCAAAUGAGCACCCUCCCUUCCUCUCCUAAGUGAGCACCCUCCCCCCCCCAAAUGAGCACCCUCUCUCUCCCCUACCCAAUGUGUGCCCACCCUCAGUGCCAUUAUAUCAAACAAGUGCCCCCCUUCGAUAAGCAAUCCACCUCCUCCCUUACUUUCCCAAAGAGUAGGAAUACAAGGGUAACCUGUUUUUAUUGCCACUUUGUGUAUAACUUUGCAAGCUUCAAAUACAAGGGAAUCAAUACAGGUUUAUUAUUUCUUAAUAAGUGCUCCCCCCAAGAUAAAACAUCCUCCUUUCUCUAAGUGCUCCUCCUUUUCUUUUUUAGACAAAAUUUCAAAUAAGUGCCAAGGUACUUUAUUUAGGAAAUACAGUAUGUAAAAGAGUAACUGGCCUCUAGUUUCUCCCCACAAUAUCACCCUUGAAUCAAAUGGAAAAGUCAUGAGAAGAAAUGAAAUGAUCACCUAUUUAAAUAAAAAUGACACUCUUGAUGGUCAGACAAAUUCUCCUUUUCAGCACCAUAAAAAUUGUAAAGAGAACAGUGUGGACAAUAUGAAUACUUAAUAUAUGAGGGUGUUUAAGGUUAAUGGCAAAGAACAAGGAUUUGGUUGGGUAUCACUCACAUGAUUCACAUACAGUUAUUCUCACUGUUGAUAAUAUAAGCAUUUCACUACUUUUUCAUUAUAUUGAAGUCUUAUAUUCCUCAAUUUUCUCUAAAAUUUUAUUUGAACUCAUACCAGUAAAUCCUUUUUCAGCUGAAGCCUCAAGAAGCUGAAUUUCUGGCUGAGAAUACAAAUGCAGCAUUGAGCUUGUUUGAGAAAGUUUCAGAGAACAUGGGUAAAGUGAAUUUUAUAUAAAAUUAUUUCUAUCAAGCAAAGUGCUUUGCUCAUAUAAAUUUUCAUAUCCAAAUUUAUUUAUUAGAAUCAACUUAUUAAGUUUUUUUCAGUUUUAAUUUCCAUUGUAUGUUACUUACACGAAUAACACACAUACAUGUACAGAAUCAAUUGCUUUGUGCCCUACAAUAUAUACAUUACUUACAAAGAUUUCUGACAUCAUUAACAGUAGACACAUAACUAAACAGUCAUAAAGCUAUAGAAGAAAAAUUAAACACCAUAAAACAGAAACUUACAGUACUAAACGUGCCUAACAUUUACAAUACUCAACUGCUUAAUAACUUCUCUUAAAACUGUCUGCAUUUGUGAUUUAAAAAAAACGAACAAACAAACAAAUGCACAAUACUAGUAUAUGAAUAUGAAAGCAAUCUUUGCAGUAAUGAACACUACUUAAGCAGUAGUGAAUAUAGGGCCUGAAAAAAUUCAGGCCAGUGUAUGGGAUUUGAACCCAUGAUCUCUGCUUUACCAGUGUAGUGCUCUACCAACUGAGUGAACAAGCUAACUGGGAACUGGUCAUUAUGUUGGUUCAUAAUAAACCUGUGAAGUGAUGAGCCAAUGACUGUGAAUAUGUGAAAAUCAUAUAUAUGAACUGCAGAUUAAGAUAUGAAUGUGAAAGAGUAUAAAAAAAUUCAGGCCUUAUUUUCACUACUGCUUAAGUGGUUUUCAUUGCUGCAAAUAUCACUUUCAUAUUCAUUUCUUAAUCUGCAGUUCACAUAUAUGAUUUUAAUAGCGGAGCUUGCAUAGCCCCAUGAUUAUACAAAAUAGUAGUAACCCAUCAAGCCGAAAAAAUUUCGAUGUACAACUGUAUGACCGUAUGACCGUACAACCAUACAAGGUGCUACUUUUAACUUGUGUGGUCAACUGUGCUGCGAGCAUGCCAAUGCCACAGCUUUGUCCAGUAGUCCAGUGGUCAGUGCACUGGGCUCCAAGUUGGACAACCUGGGUUCUAGUCCUGGCUGGGGCAAGGCGUUGAGAUGUGUGGGGAAAAAAAAUGUGAGCUCCGCUUUUAGGCCUGGCUAAAUCUAUAUAUUAUAUUCAUUAGCACUAGCACUAAGCUUACAAUACAGUGCAACACAACUGAAUGAAUUAAGUGCCAUCACCUUUUCAAGUUAUGUGAGUAUGUGAUAUAUGAGCCACUAAAUAUAGACUUAAAAUAAUGAUGCUACCCAAUAGCUAUUCUUCGUGUUAAAUUCCAAUAUCUGAUUACUGAGUAAUUCUCCCUGUUAGAUUCCUUAUACUUCCUUGAUAACCAGUUAGGAAAAUUUGAUGACAUGUCAAGACAACUUUGUCAUAACAAGGAGUUCCUCUGUUUUUACCAUUUGUUUAUCAGGAUUAUAUGCUCUCAUUGUAAAGAGAUGUUACAUGUUAAUCUUCUAGAAGUGAAAUAAAAAGGGUUUCCUAGUUCUGAUAGUAUUAUCAAUUUUUUCAUCUCUCUAGGAACUGGUGACAAGCUACUCAAGGUUGCUGGUUCACAAGUAGAGGACGCACAGAAGUGAAUUGAGACAUGACUUUUGUAUUUUGUUCAUCAUGAUUUAAACUGCUGUUUACCAGGAAUGGAGAUGUACAAACAAUUUCUUUCUGUUUUUUCUUAUAAUUUCUCAAAUGCCAGUCGUUGUGGAAAUGAGAUAAGGAAAAGGAGGAAGAGUUAAUUUUUUUUUUUUUUUUUUUAUGUAGAUAAUCUAUAUCAUGAGAUUUCUGAGAUAUCAAACGAAUAGUCAAAACCUAGAAGUAAUGGUGAACUGGGUCAGUGUCAGCUUCUGAGCAACUGGGUACUUACCCCUCCCCUGACCCAACAACAGUCAACUGGUAACAAGUUAGGGUUAAGUUGGGUUAGGUGCAGGGUGGGUACAUGGUUGACUAGAUACUGACAUUGAUCCAGUGAACCUAUAACCAUGGUUUUGACUAAUGACACAAGCAAAGCACCAGCGCAAUGGCAUGCAUAAGGUAAAUAUGCAAAGUGAAAACAAAAGUCAAUAUGCACUGUAAGCACUACAAGCACAAGGAAAAGGAAAAAAAAUUCUGAUCCUUGUGCUUAAGCUUGCACUUGUGUUUAUGCUUGCAUCAAGGAUGUUUUCAUAGUGAAAUAUGAGCUGUUGUGCUUGCAGUAUUUGUGCUUGCACUUGUGCUUGGGUUGAUAGUAAAAACCAGGUGAUAGACUUUACCUUUAAGCAGUCAGGAUUUUUGGAGAAUGCACGAGAAGUCUAUAAAUUUUGAGCCAAUGUUAAGUGAUUUCAAAACUUUUCCAUUGUCAGCAAGUGUAGCUUAACUAAUUAAAAGUGUGAUCAUUUGGAUAGGAAAAUUGAAUUUUUUGGUCAGGACACAAAGUAUAGUUUUCUCACUGCAGGAUUUUAUAUUUAACUGAGAACUGCCAAUGACCAAUUAUGAUGGCACACUUGCAGUACUUAAGAUUAAUUUUACCAGGGCUUGAAUCCCAACAAAGUAUCCCAAAAUGACUGCAGUCGUGAAGGCUAUAUUUAAAAUGUUGCAUUUUAUUAACAUAUCAGCAAUAAUCAGCAAAUGUUGUGCAAAACUAAUUCAAUAAAGGUUGUGUAGGAGA